AUGAAAUGUCGAUCAGAGGGUGGAAGUCCUCCUCCUUCUAUUAUUUGGCUAUUCGACAAUACAACACAAGCUGGACAGGAUUUAUAUUCUGUUAGCGUCAAAGAGGACGGCACUGUCGAGAGCCGAAUUCAAUGGCGUGCCCGUGCCGAGGACAAUGGCGCUUUUAUGACGUGCGUCGUCUCCAACAAGGCAUUGGAAGGAAGAGCACCAAAGACCGUCCAGAGCUCCCGGCUCAACGUGCUGUACAAACCCACCGUAACCGUGGGCCCGGCGUCGGAAUAUAUUGUUGAAGAAGACCAGGCGAUCGAGUUGACCUGCCAGGGACAGGGAAAUCCACAGCCCACCGGAUAUGAAUGGAAACACAUCCCAAGUGGCGAGCGAUAUCUCGACUCGAAAUGGCCGAUUCGCGUCGAGCAGAAGAGUGCUGGGGAAUAUGAAUGUAGAGCAUCGAAUAGCAUCGGAGAAUCAAUGGAUCGGCUACGUGUAGAUGUACAGUUCAAGCCGAGGGUUGUCACCAAGGAUACCGUAACCCCGUCGGAGGGAGAUACCGGCAAUUAUACCUGCGUCGCGGCUAAUGGAGCCGGUGAAGCCGCUUCGACAUGGACAAUUCUUCGCGUAGUCCAUAGCCCGCAGAUUCUGAACGAUAUCUAUAAUGGAGAGGCUCUGGCUGCGACUGAUCUCGGGAAUACGGCCCGAAUCUCGUGUCGUGUCUCUGCACGUCCGGAACCGAAAUUCGCCUGGUUGAAGGAAUCGACGGAGAUUGAGGAGGGACCCAGAUUCUCUGUCGCUACAGCACAGAUUCCUGGUCAACCUGACGAAUACGAAUCGAUUCUCUCGUUCCCGGAAACCACGAAAGGCGACUAUGGACAGUACUUGUGCCGAGCCACCAAUGGCAAGGGCGCAAAGGCCGAGGCGAUCAUUCGACUGAAGGAACGAAGCGCUCCCGAAGCACCUCUUCAACUCAAGAAAAUGUCCACCUCUCCGUCGUCCCUAUUUUUGGCGUGGAAACAGGGCUUUGAUGGUGGCUACGCGCAGACGUUUAUUCUGGAGUACAGACGACUAAACCCAUUCACGGAGACGCUUUCCGAGGAAGAGGUGACUACGGUAGAGGUCAAGGAGCUGCAGCGGAUCGAUGCUCCAAUGUCGGAUUCAACCCGAUCGAAGCGUUCUCCCGGAUUCCAAAGUCUUGUCGCCUACAAUCUGACAAAUCUACUCCCGAAAUCCACCUACUAUCUCAAGAUCCGGGCCAAGAAUCAGCAGGGAAUGUCCGAAUUUUCCCCAAUUCUCUCUGCAACGACUGAUGAUGUGUACGAAGACAGGACCGUGGAGGCUCCCGCCGAGAUUUCCUACAAUGCCCGCACGAUGGGGCUCGUUUUGGAGCCAAAACCCUCCUCGGACGUGUGCGUGCAACUGUACGUCUCGUUCGGUGACAUGUCCCGAGGAGUGGAAUGUUGGCCAUCGGAUCGAGAGAUUUCUGAAUUGCCGGUUGGUGGACAGUUUGCAGUACGGUAUUGCUCGCGGAACAAUCGGAUACAGUGUUCGCCGAUCAGUCACGCCGUCUCCUCGCCAAGCCCUCUAAGCUCAAGAUGGCGCUACUUGGUGCCUCUGCUCGUUGGACUGAUCGUGAUCGCGUUCCUCUCAAUCCUCUGUGCAAUUUGUUGCCGAUCGAGGAGAGGAGUCGACGAUAAGGCGAAGAAGGCCAAGAAAAUGGAUAUUCGCCCCGAAGUCUCCGGGCCAAUGCCGCCUAUGGAAGCGAAGAAUGGGAUGACACACGGAUCAGCCACUGAUUCUGGUGUAUUUACACUCGAGAAUGGGCAGAAGGGCAUUGGAGGAGGAGCCGGAUCGGUUAAUGGACACACAUUCAGCGCGAACGAAACACUACCCGAACGAGAUUCCUGGCCGCCGCAUUCUGGACCAGUUCCCUCCCAAUUCGACCCAUUCCACAACGAUCCGUAUUUGAAUGAAUAUGAUGGGACGGCGUGGAGGACUAGUGUGCACGACGGCAGCGGCACAGGUUCGGGACCCGAGAAUCAGACAGCGACCACACAUUCCGAUGGAGGAGAUUCCGAUUCGGAGGCAUUUUCCGGACAGGGCAGAUCCUCCUCGAAAAUGGCCUCCACGUCAACACCCGGUGAUUUGAGGAUCAAGACUGGAGAUGGCACCUUCAUCGCUUCGAGCCAACGAGCCGACGGAAGCUGGCGAAAGCCGAGAAAAGUGAAGGAGGGAUAUAUUCCACAAGAUGAACAACCCAAAUAUCAGGCAAAAGGCACGGAACCGGCUGUCAGGGGACGCGCGCCAGUUGGGAUCACCCCGAUGGCGUUGGCAGCACGAGGGGCGGGAGGAGCCUCGCGUCCACAGAAACCGAUCACGGCCAUUGAGAAGGAAAAGGCAUGCAUCACCCCACAGGAUCAUGUCAAGAGGAAAAUGGGGAAUGUGCAGAAGAAGCUGGAUGAGAUUACGCAAUUGGAGGAACGUGUCGCCAAGGGUGAAGCGGAGAAGUUGGAGAAGAAUCAGUUGACAAAGAUCGAGCGAAAAGCGCAUUAUAACGACGAAAUGGCAAAAUUGGAGGAGCAGUUGAAGGCCCUCGAUGUCAAGAAA